AUGGGUGCUUCAAAGAUUUCCCCAGAAGACAUUGACACGAUCUUGAGUUACAUUAUACCACACAUCAAGCAAAGCAUCACCAAUCAAUCAACAGAUCCAAUCAAACGCCCAUUCGUUCUCGCCUUAACAGGCCUCCAAGGUAGUGGCAAAUCCACUUGGACCGACGCACUCGCAAGCGCUCUCAACAACAAACAUAAAUACAAAACGAUCAAUCUAUCCUUGGACGAUCUAUAUCUUGAUCACAAUGAUCUAGUCAAACUUCGAGAAAGUAACCCGAUGAAUAAGCUCCUUCAAACACGCGGACAGCCCGGAACUCAUGAUACGGCUUUAUCGGUGUCCUUUUUCAGAAGUCUGGUAGACUCGGAAGUGAUAUCGAUUCCGUCUUUCGACAAAAGUUUAUUUAACGGAGAGGGUGGAAGAGUCCCAUCGCAUGAAUGGGAUCGUCUCAACACAUCCGACAUUGAUAUUUUGAUUUUUGAAGGGUGGUGUGUUGGAUUCCAGUCCCUAGCCGAAGAACAGGUUCGGUUGCGGUGGAGUGAAUCAGAAAAUAGUGCGAGUGAAAACAUCUACCCUACAAACACUUUAAAAGAGCAUGCGAUAGAGCACCUCCUGGGUGUGAAUGCAAGCCUUCAACAAUACUGUGAACUGUUUAUGGGGCCGAGGCAUUUUGACUACUUGCUCCAUCUGGAUACAGAUAAGCUGGUCAAUGUCUAUGAGUGGCGGGUGCAGCAAGAACAUGCUCUUCGGCAGCAGAAAGGAAAGGGUAUGACCGAUGCAGAGGUUGUGAGGUUUGUGAAGGGAUAUAUGCCUGCGUAUGAGCUGUACCUGGAUCAGCUGCGACAGGGUAUAUUUACUGAUGGGAAAGGAAAGGGGCAAUUACGUGUGGUUUUGGAUCAUGAAAGGAGAAUCAUCGCGAUAGAUACUGUCUCAUAG